CGAGGCUCCCAGCCGGUCAGAGCACAGUGACCCUUCAGCUCCCACGACGAGAAGAUGUUGGCCAUAGUGGUGUUGACGGUGGUAGCCGCCGUGCAGGUGGAGUGCGCACCCAGCCAAUUCUGGCCAGGCUUCUCGAAUGCUCCCUCCUUCACUUCGCAACCGAACAAGAAGCCAAUAUUUUCUACACAGAUCCACAAAGGUUUCCCAAGCAAGACUAGAGUUCCCGAUCACGCGGAGACUCAGCGCGCCUACGAGGACUUCAUCCAGAUAUGGUUGGAUCAGGCCAGGCUCACCCUCAACACGGCCAAUGCCGCCAGGUUCAGCCCUCGGCCCAACGUGGGAGAACCUGUUGUCGUAGCCGAGGCGAUCACAGAGAACCCACGAAUCCAAGAGGUCGUUCCUGUCGAGUCAGAUCAAACUUUCUUCAUGGAUCCAGAGCCAACCUCCCACGUGGAUGCAGAGCCAACUUCCUACGUGGAUCCAGAGUCAACUUAUAACGUGGAUUCAGAACCAACUUCCUACGUGGAUCCAGAGCCAACUUCCUACGUGGAUCCAGAGCCAGCUUCCUUCGUAGAGGCAGAGCCAACUUCCUUUGUAGAGGCAGAGCCAACUUUCUUUGUAGAGGCAGAGCCAACUUCCUUCAUAGAAGCGGAGCUAACUUCCUUAAUAGAGGCAGAGCCAACUUCCUUCGUAGAGGCAGAGCCAACUUCCUUCGUAGAGGCAGAGCCAACUUCCUUCGUAGAAGCAGAGCCAACUUCCUUCGUAGAGGCAGAAAUCCAGCCAAUGGAGCAGCCAGAUAAACACGAGCCAGUAUUUAUCGACGUACAGCCAACACCUGAAAUAUUGACAUCAGUCGCCGUUGAGACAGAGGUCGUGCCUGAUGACAUAGCCCUUGUUGCUGAGGAAAAUAUUCCGACUCUUGUGGAACAGGACACUUCCACCGUUCUCAGAGACGAGAUAGCUCAAGACACCAUCGCAGUACUCCCUUCUGUGGAGCCCAUGGCAGAACCCAGUGUAGAACAGUCCUUUGUGGAAGCUAUUACCGAGGCUCCUGCAGUAAAAUCCACUGUGGAGCAAGCUGUGAAACCCACGGAAGAGAUAGUCGUGGAACCCAUUAUUGAGCCAUUCGUGGAAAAUGCUGCAGAGGAACCAGUGGAGGAGUUCCAGCCACAAGUCGAGCCUACAAAGACUAUCAUUCCCGCUGGCAGAAGCAUCAGCUCAACAUCCUCCAGACACUCGGCGAUGACCCUCGAGCAUCGCCCGACCAUCAUCAAAGAGGAGUUCCCCGGAGCAACGUUCCAUCCUAGUGUCCUGGUACACCCUCAGCCAGCCCGCCUGCCAGCACGCGCUGCUGGGGCCAUCAACACAGAGGGCCUCACCUACACCCUACAGUUCUUCCCCACACAAGGACGGUCUCACUAUUUCGUCUCAACGCCCAUCGGAGGAAGCAGGAGAUUUUAAUGGAGAAGUCCCUGUCAUAUUAUUAUAAGGAUUGUACAUAUGUCAUUUUCUAUACUCAUUACUUCUAUGUAGCUUAAAAGUAAACAGAUAUUUUUCUACAAUUUGUAAAUAUUUUUUUAUUUGUAUAUACUCUAAAGCUGGCUUCGAUACCUUUAGUAGAAAUAAAUAUAUUUUGAAGCUCAUGAAUAUUGUUAAAAACAUAAAAACGGCACAAUUAUUUUUUAUGUAAAUCACAAUAAAGCCGGAAAAGAAAACCCGUA